UGGCGUGUGUGAGUGUGUGUGUGUGUGUGUGUGUGUGUGUGUGUGUGUGUGUGUAUGUCUGAUCGCUACCAGGCUUUAAUGCACCAGCAUUUGGACUUUGGCUUCUGAUCUACUAGAAUGGAUCCUAUUUGCUGUCCUGAAUCUGUUCUAUUGCAAGUCUGAUGUCUGAUAUUGAUCCGUUUGGAGGUCACAGACAUCCAUGUUUAAUAGGUCCUACUGAACUAUGACCAAAAUGGCUUUCUUCCUGCUGGUGGUUCUAGGCUGUGAAAUGUGGGUGAACACGGGUGCCCUGAAGUUAGCUAAACCUGUGCUCAUGGGUCCCUCGGCUGGCUUGCUGUCGAAUGUUACAGUGUUUACCUGUUGGGUGGGCGAGAACCCGCAGAAUUUGUCUGUGUUUUACCAGCUAUUGGACGGUGAUGGCAUGAAGGUCUCAGAAGUUCAGAGCACUCUCCCCGGUGAAAAAGCCAGCAUAUCAGCUGUCCUCUCCUUUAGCCAUGAUGGGAGCCUCAUAUGCAGAGCUAGUGGCCAUAACAACUCAGACACUGAGCACUCAGACAGCGAUUCGCUAGAUUUCAGAGUCAUUGACCCAGUAGAUGGUGCCAUCCUCAUAUCAACCGCAUCCCCUGGAGAUCUGUGGGAGGGGGAGAGUCUGACUCUGCAGUGCAACAUAAGUAAAGGGAAUUAUGUGUCGUAUUCCUGGUUACUCAAUGAUGGGCCAGUGCAGUUGAAUUCCAUCAGGUUCCAGAACCAGCUGACUAUUCCACACCUGUCCAACCAUGAUAGCGGGACAUAUGUCUGCAUUGCUUCAAACCAAUACAAUGGCACCCUCACCUUCCGCUCAAGAAGUAACAAAAUUGAUGUGCAAGUUAAAGAGGAUGUGUCAAAGCCUGGAAUUUCAUUUGACGUUUUUAGCAAUGCAGAGAAAAACCUAACUGCUAAUGUGACAUGCGAGCUGGCAACGGGGUCCCCACCUAUAAACUUCACAUUUCUCAGAGGCAGUGAAAUCAUUAGUGAGACUCUCAAAGAAAGCCUGACUGCUUCGUUAAUGAUACCUGUUGUUCUAAACCAAGACAUGGACUUGGUACACUGUCAAGCCAGUAAUGGGAAGAGUCUGAUGAAGAGUGCAGAACUGAACCUCACAGUGGAGCCAGUAGGGGGUGGUGUGACCAUGAGGGCAGAAAACGCCAAGGGGCCGUUGUUCCAGGUCAUAGGUGUGUGGCUUCACUGCACUGUGGAGAGAGGAACGUUUCCACACUUUUCCUGGUUCCACAACACCAGCAGGCUGCAAAGGAAAGGGCCAUUUUACUCUGUGUUUGGGAAGCAUCAUUCUGGCCUCUCCCUCGCUUUGGGCAUGAGAAGUGAUGGGGACUACUACUGUGAGGCAGGCAAUAAGUUUGACAAUGCUACAAGACUGCGCAGUCAAAUGAUUCGGAUUACCAAGGAAGGGCUGAACAAAAUACCAGAUGACGUGGUGGCCCUCGUGUUCACCUGUUUCUCAGUGCUGAUCAUUGCUGUGACGAUGUGUUGUCUUUAUGGGGUAUUACGAAGGAGACAAGCUGGCAUGUACAGACAUAAACAAUACUUCCAGGAGAUGAGUAACAUAGUGGAUAAUGAAGAAGAAUACGAAUAUGAAAAUAAAGAGGAUGUAUAUGACAAUGGAGAGGACCAUUAUGAUGAAGAAGAUGAUGUAGGGGUCGUAGGGGAAUAUAGAGAGGAUACAGACAUGGAGCAGUCCUCUACCCGAGAAGACUCUGAUGAGGGUGAAGAGGAGGAUGAAACCAACACAAAGAUCCCAUUACCAAAUAACGCUUGAGAAAGUUAUUAUGCCCACAUACAAGCCAUAAGUAGCUGUACAUGAGAUUCUUGUACUGAAGUUUCUGGAAGACAUGGCAUGCCUAUCUGGUCAUUAAAAAAAAAAAGAAAACUACCGAGUGAAAUUAUUAAACUUUGCAGCUAUUCUAUUGUUCUGCCAUUGCUAUACAGGUCUAUACAGGUCGCUUAGAAAGAUUUUAGACCAGAAAAGUUUAACGUAGACAAUGAAAAAAAAAUCUCACUAAACAACUAGCCAUCUAUGUUACAAAAGGCUCAAGAUCAGGGAAACAUGUCUAGCAGUAGUUUGUGGAUCAAUCAACUUCCAUUGUUGUACAUUCGAUAAUACGUUUUCUCUGAAUAAAAUCAUUUCCGUCAAGUGUA